AUGUUCAAGUUUGGGCCUGAGAUAACACAAGAGCAUAAAGACCACUUUCAGAGAGAGCUGAAGAAGUUGAAGAACUUACCCUGCGUCAAGGACAAUCGUUUACUGGACGGUGGGACGUCGGUCACCGAUCCCAUUUCGCGCAGUCAAGGCUACCACUAUUGUAUCGUCAGCUACCACCAGAAUCUGAAAGCUUUAGAAGAGUAUCAGAGCAGUAACAGUCAUCAUGAGUAUGUCACCCAUACUAAGCAUGAUGGAACUGCAAUCUUCAUCCAAUCAUUUCGACAUGCUGACUUGAAUUUCGAAAAGUACCCAGCAAGCCUAUGUGGCCGUUUAUCGAAGGCCUUUACAGAUUCGACUUUGCAGUAUCGACUGAGGAUGAAUGUUGGUCGGUAG